AUGAGCGAACAUGUUGCUUCUGCUAUACGUGCAAUUGGACUCAUCAGCUUGUCCAAGGCACACUUUUCCCCUGUUGUACAAAGAGAGGCACUCAAAGCCUAUAGUGUUGCUGUACGACGAUUGUCCGAUAAGCUCAAUUCCCCAUUCGCGACGGAAGAUGACACUCUUUUGGUAGCACUGCUACUUGACAGAUAUGAUGCAAUCGCCGGAACGGAGACAUGUGAUAGUCAGCAUUAUGAGACGACAGCUCAUCUAACCGGCGCUAUUGCGAUAUUCAAGGCAAAGGGGCUGUUGCAAUUCCAGUCGAGAUUGGGAAGGCGGCUGUUCCGCCACAUGGCGUCCCGCAACCUGGUCAAUUCUGCGAAGGUAGGUCAAAUGAUAUCGAGUGAUAUCAUAGCGCUGCACACAUUCAUGUCACGGAAUGUGAAGAAGGAGGAACGGCCCGCCUGGAUCAUGUCCAGUAUUGUGUCUCGGAUGGUUAACUUAAACGUGAAAUUGAGAUCCGGAAAUUUUCGUGGUCCUCAUGAGAUUGUCGCUUGGGCUUUGCAACUGGACCAAGAACUCGAGAAUCUUUUGCACAACAUGCCUGAGAAUUUCUCCUUUGACGUCCAAUAUAUCGGAAAAACUGAGUUUCCGGCCUCGGGAGGACGCUGUGAGAUUCACAAAGACUUUCGGAUCGCCCUGAUUUGGAAUUUGAUUCGAGCCAACAGAAUCCUCCUCAAUGAAAUGGCAUAUGCGCAGACACUAGAAAUGGAUAGGCCAGGCUUGGAUACGGAAAAAAAUAUUCUGGAAUUUCGGUCUGUGGCAGCUCGCAGUAUGGACGCCAUCAACGAGAUGGCGCUUGAGAUUUGUGCAACAGUCCCACAACAGGCAGGAUUUCUGAGGCCAUGGUUCGAAUCUCGCCUUGGAAUGGUGUCAACACUACAUACGACUACUGAAAGCUCUUCCUUAAUAGACAUUCAUACCAGAGCGCUAUCUCUAGGACCAGGAAAUCCGGCGUCAAAUGUGCUGCAAUUCCAGGGCUCGGCAUACUCACUCAUUUGGCCUCUUUAUGUCAUUGGCCGUUGUCCAGGCACACCAUUCCAUGGCUUUAUCCAGUGGGUCAUUGAGAAUCUGAAAUUUAUUGGCAAUACAUUUGGAAUCUCACAAUCGUUAACGUUAGCGCAAUCGCUGCAAAAGAAAGAUACGCUCCCCGUCUGGUCAGCAUAUGACUUUCUAGGAAGCUACAGUCGGCUCCCAGAAGAGAACGAUUGA